GUGUGGAACCCUAAUUCAUAGCGAUCGUGUGUACUAAAAAGUAGCAGUGCCGCUAAACAAAAGACUCAAGUUGCGAACCCGGUUAAGGAAUAUUUGCGCAAAAAAAUCGUUGGAAAAGAAAAAUUAUUAAUUUGUAAAAUUAUUCUAAAUACUUUUCUUGUUAUUUAUCAGCUGUUGCAGCGAUAAAAAAUAUAUUUUGCAAUUAUUCGAAGCGUGUGCACAGUGUAAUAAUUAUUUGUGGAGUGUUGUGCGGAACUAACAGCUAAACAGCUUGAACAAUCAAAGGAUAUAACGCAAGGAUAUUAUAUAAUAGAAUUCAAACUUUUGCUGUUAUUUUAUCAGUGUUAUACAAACUUUAGCUCCAGUUAAAUAAACAAUCCGUGAAAAUGACGUCGCUGAAAUCAUUGCUUUUAAUUAGCUCUACAAUCGCCGUGAUCGCCUGUGUUAGCGCGCAACUCGCUCCCGGCUCAAAUAUGUACCUGCCACCCAAGCCAAACGGCUACAAUUACCCAGAGCCCAAGAAUCCACUGCGGCCUGGAACCCCAUCCGGUCCUGGACCACGCCCACCAGGCCCACAACGUCCUUCACCACCUGGACCCGGUGAGCCCGGUCACGUUCACGUUCCCGGCAUGCCAUUCGACUUCGAGUACGCCGUCAAUGAUGUUGAGACCGCCAACGAUUAUGCCCACAAAGCUUCGAGCAAUGGUGAUGUGGUGACCGGUGAAUAUCGCGUUGCACUGCCCGAUGGUCGCACACAGAUCGUACGCUAUACGGCCGACUGGAAGACUGGCUACCAUGCGGAUGUUAGCUACGAGGGUGAGCCACAAUAUCCACAGGGCCCCGGCGGUCGGCCCGGCUACAAAUAUUGAGGGAGCACAUGAUGUUGAUGAUGAUGAUGUUGGAGCGCCGGAAGCACACUCUCUUGCACGCACGCACAUAAACAUACACACAGUUCACUCACUCACCUGCUCUCACGCCCACUCACCACUUAAUUGCAAUUAAUGCUACAGCAACUGCCACAACAACAACAAUAAAUUAACACUGCCUCCCCCCUCCUGCAUGAAGAUGAGACAACGAUCAAGCGAUGAAAUGAAAUUAUUGUUUUUUGGAGUAUAAACUUUAUUUGUAAAAACUUUUUGUUUAAAUCCAUCGAAUUUUUAUCAUUAGUUUAAUUUUUAA